AUGGACAAUCUUGACUUUCAAACUAUCGAUGAUUAUAACUUUCAUAUUAUCGAUGAUCCUGACCUUUAUAUUAGCGAUGAUCCUGACCAUGAUAAUCCUGACUUUCAUAUUAUUGAUGGGGUUGAAACGAUUUAUGAAGAAGAUCUAGAAUCCUUAAAAAAUAAAAGUGUAUUAGUUUCUUCCGAUGAUGAACUUCAAGAGAUUGAUGAUAAGAUUGCAAGCGAUUUAAAUGAAGAUACAAUAACCUAUUUUACUAAGAAUUGGCAUCGAAG